AGGUGGGAGGUGUUUACUGUUAUUUUGACGCUGAACCGCUCUGACACUAUGGACAACAAGGCCUGCUUGUUUUCAAGUUCCUAACCAGUGGCUUUAACGGGAACAUGUCGCUUUGGGGACAGUUACUUCCCUCCAGCAGGAAGCAGGCCGGAGAUGAGGGGCUUGAAGUAGACCAAAACGGGAGGCGGAUAUGAAGUGGAGCCCGUAAAUAAAACAUGAAAGCAUCUCUACUCUUCAUAGAAGCUUUGUAGCAUCACCGAGGAAUGAACGGAAGAGAUGGGAAAAGUGAUUUAAAACGAAAACUUUACUUAGGAAACAUUUUUAUAUAAGCGAGUGAAGCUCCCGUUAGGACUACCGGAAGGCUGCGGAGCUGAGCCCCUGCUCUGGAGCCACACAUCCCGCUUGGAAGCAUAGGAUGGUGCCGAUGAUGUGUGGGCCUGUGAAGAUCCGCCAUUUAUGACGGAAAAUUGAUUGACUUAUUAGUGGAAUCUUUUUGGUACAGCCAGGGUGUUGUAAGCCCCAUCUGAUUCCUUCUGUGAAAGAUGAAGUAAUGCUGAGGCUGGCUGAAGCACUGAUGAAUACAACAGAAGGCUGUUGAGGCAGAAGGGAAACCACACAGGUUUUGGCCCCCUUCUCUGUGUGGAUUACCCUGUCAAUACCCUCCUCCACCUAGACAGAUGAUUCUGGUCUUCUUUUCUUUCUUCAGUUCCCACCUCAGCUACCUUCAUCCAGUUCUCUAGCCAUAAUGGGGUUAUGGAGGAGUCACAUGCCUUAUGAGCUUAGAAAGACCACAGUUUGGUUCCUGACUUCCAGACGUUUAUGACAAUGGAACAGUGGUGCACAUACUGACAUGAAGCUUGAUAUAAGGGGUCAAUAAAAGUGUCAGAUAGAGCGCGCCACCACUGUUUUAAUUUCAUGUGACCAUCUGAAUGAGUGGAACCUGAGAAUUCUUCCUUUCCCAAAGGAAAACCACUUGCACUAAAGAAAUCUUUGUUCAAGGAAUCCUAAUCUGGAGUUGCCCUGCUUCAAAAUCUUCCUUAGUUUCAGUUGCUGACAACUCUUAUCUCCUUUUUUCUCUUGACGUCACCCCACCAACCUCCAUCAUUCGUCCAUCCCUUACAACCGCGGUCCUCCCCCCUCGCCCCCGUCCCCAGUCAUCAUCCAACUCCUCUGCCCCAUCCUCCCCUUUUCACCAUCAACACCACCCUCAAUCCCACCACCACCUUCUCUCCUUGCCUCCUGCUUUCCCCUGCGCACCGGCCGUGGGCAUGGCAGCGGCCGCAACUGCCUCGGCCUCUUCUUCGUCCCCGCCGCUCCCAACAUCCUCAGAUCCUAACGGCAGCGCCCGUGAGCACCUGCUGGCUGUCCGUCGACGUGCACCGCACAGUCGGCCAUACACAGUGGGGCCGGACAACCUCGGGAGUCUUCAAGUCGCAACUGGGUCCUCCUCUUCAACAUCCUCGACUACGUCCUCGUCCGCUGUGUCGUCCGUGGCCCAGCUGGAAUCACCCGGGGUGGGACUGCAGAGGGCCAAUAGUGACACCGACUUGGUGACCUCUGAAAGUCGCUCAUCACUUACUGCAUCUACAUACCAACUGACUCUAGGCCAAGGCCACCUGGUGAUCUCAUGGGACAUAAAGGAGGAAGUGGACGCCACAGACUGGAUCGGCCUGUAUCACAUCGAUGAGACAUCUGUGGCCAACGUCUGGGAGUCCAAGAACCGUGGAAUAAAUGGUACCCAGAAGGGACAGGUUUUGUGGAGACUGGAGCCUGAGCCCUACUUUAUGGAGACUGAGACAAAGAUCUGUUUCAAAUAUUAUCAUGGUGUAAGUGGAGCAUUAAGAGCAACAACUCCUUGCAUCACUGUGAAAAACCCAGGUGUGCCGGUGAGAGCUGAAGGCCAAGUGGAGGACCAGUCAGGAAGUGAGCAUUGUCGAAAACUUGUCAGCUUCACCCUGUCAGGCAUUCGGGCAGUGGGGUUGAAGAAGGGGAUGUUUUUUAACCCCGACCCAUACCUGAAGAUGUCCAUCCAGCCCGGGAAAAGGAGUGGCCUCCCCAAAUUCACACACCAUGGCCAGGAAAGGCGCUCCACCAUUAUAGCCAACACCAUCAACCCUGUGUGGCAUGGGGAGAAGUACACCUUCGUGGCUCUGAUGACUGAUGUGUUGGAGAUUGAAGUGAAGGAUAAGUUUGCCAAGAGCCGACCAAUCAUCAAGCGCUUUCUGGGUCAGCUGAUCAUCCCCGUGCAGAGACUUCUUGAGGGGCCAACAGUUGAGGAUCAUCAGGUCAGCUACAACUUGUGUCGCCGCCUCCCAACGGACAACGUCAGUGGCCAGCUUCAGUUCAGAGUGGACAUCACUUCCACUGGACAUGAAGAAGCCUCCCCAGAUGCUGUUGGAACCAUCCUAGGCAGCGGAGACCCCGGCAGCCCGUCUGAUGAUGAAGACCUCCCCCAAGCCUCCUCAUCCUCCCGCGUCACGGGUGGACCUUCCCCCACAGGUUCUGAUGAUGGCCCCUUGUUGGUGAAUGGCAUUUGUUGCUACGGAGAUGACAGUGUGUGGCAUGAGCCUGGACACAUGAGAGGGGGUGACCUGCCCUCUGCUAUUUUGGAGGUCCACACUCAUCGACAGGUGUCCCUCAAUGACUACCUCGAUGCCCUCGAGGUCCACACAGGUGCCGGCGACCUUCAUUUGGUGGCACCUUUACCAAAACUCCGGUCCAGCUUUCCAACUGACACACGGCUCAAUGCCAUGCUACACAUUGACUCAGAUGAGGAUGAGGAUACAGCAGGGCAGCACAGAGACCAAUCACAGGAGACGAGGACAGAACAGAGGACGGACUCUCCAAGCAAGUCAGCUGCACUGCAGAAUGAGGGUUUAAAGGAACACACUGGGGCUGGAGCAGAGCAAGGUUCUUCUGCUCAGCUUUGUAUCGAGGCUAUAGAGCCCGAAAAUGAAGGAGCAGCAGGGGAAGGGGAAAACAGAGGCUCUGCUCUAACCGGAGCAUGUGUAGGUGGGGCCGAAGGAGCUGCUGGAGCAUUAGCUGAGGCUGCACAGGUGACCUCCGCAGCUGUCAGCUCAUCCCAAAUGCUUGGAGUUGAGGCUGCUGCAGCCGGUCCACAGGGGGAUUCUCUACCGGAAUGUUCCUGUCAGGAGCAGAGCAGCAGGAUAGGAACCUGUAACCCCUCACAUGGUCCUCUUUCACCCAUUCAAGAGGUUGAAGCCAGAAAAGAACUGGCUCCAAAGGCAGAAGAGGAAGGGGGAGAGUCAUCCAGCAGCGAGGCAAAUGGGCCGGUUGGAGCAUCUGCUCCGAGCAGUGCUGUUCUCAUUGGAGGAAGUUCUGAAGCUUGCAUGAGGGCCGAAGGUGGGGACGAAGAAGGGAGGCAGAAAGGAGCAGAGAUGUGGAGGAGGCAGUCCAUGCAGGCAUCUGGAGGCCGGGCACUGAACCAGGAGGGGUCCGAGGCCAGAGUGACUGACAGCAGGACAUUGUUAGGCGAUAGAGAGAUUGGGGCCACAGCUCAGGUCAACGGCCAUCAGUCUGUUCGAUCCCUGCCCUCUGUCCGUCAUGACAUCAGCCGCUAUCAGAGAGUAGAUGAGCCUCUGCCACCUAAUUGGGAGGCUCGCAUCGACAGCCACGGACGCAUCUUCUAUGUGGAUCACGUGAACAGAACAACAACCUGGCAGCGACCAACCGCUCCCCCCGCCCCACAGACUCUCCAGAGGUCCAGCUCCAUACAGCAGAUGGAACAGCUGAACCGCAGGUAUCAGAGCAUCCGAAGGACGAUAACAAAUGACAGCAGACAGGAGGAGCAGCCGGCCAGUGAGCUGCUUGGGGAUGAGACUGACAUGCACCCCUCUGUUCCAGAGCUCCGGAGGGACAACAGCGUGACUCAGGCCAGUUCCAGGUCUCGCAUCUCCCUGCUGCUGCAGUCCCCCAGCGCCAAGUUCCUCACCAGCUCUGACUUCUUCACUGUGCUGCAUUCCAACCCUAGUGCCUAUCGCAUGUUCACCACCAACACAUGUCUGAAGCAUAUGAUCAGUAAGGUUCGUAGAGAUGCGCACCACUUUGAGCGCUACCAGCACAACCGCGACCUGGUGGCUUUCCUCAACAUGUUUGCGAACAAACAGCUGGAGCUGCCCAGAGGCUGGGAGAUGAAGCACGACCACAGUGGCAAGCCUUUCUUUGUGGAUCAUAACUGCCGUUCUACCACCUUUAUUGACCCUCGGCUACCUGUUCAGAGCUCUCGGCCUAGCCUUAUAGCUCACCGCCAACAUCUGACCCGGCAACGCAGCCACAGUGCUGGGGAGGUCAGCCCACGGCAACUGGUGGGUGAAGACACGCGACAUCCUGGUCCUCCUGUCUUGCCGCGACCAUCAAAUACUUUCACUUCAGCUAACAGGGGUCAGUGCCAGGAGGUUGUCCCUGUGGCUUACAAUGACAAGAUCGUGGCUUUUCUUCGACAACAAAACAUCUUUGAGAUUUUGCAGGAGAGACAGCCUGACUUCAGUAGAAACCAUGUACUCAGGGAGAAGGUCCAGCUGAUCCGUACAGAUGGAGUGUCAGGACUGACCCGACUGUCAGGAGAUGCUGACCUCGUCAUGCUGCUGAGUCUGUUUGAAGAUGAAGUGAUGUCCUACGUGCCUCCUCAUGCCUUACUUCUCCCCAGCUAUUGCCAGUCACCUCGGGGAUCCCCCGUUUCCUCCCCACAGAACUCACCAGGAACUCAGCGAGCCAAUGCCAGAGCCCCAGCUCCUUACAAGAGAGACUUUGAGGCAAAAUUGCGCAACUUCUAUAGGAAACUUGAAACUAAAGGCUAUGGCCAAGGCCCUGGGAAGCUAAAGCUGAGUAUCCGUCGGGACCAUCUCUUGGAAGAUGCUUUCAACCAGAUCAUGUGCUACUCCAGGAAAGACCUCCAGCGCAGCAAAUUUUAUGUCAGCUUUGUCGGGGAGGAGGGCUUGGACUACAGUGGGCCUUCUAGGGAGUUCUUCUUCUUGGUUUCCAGGGAACUUUUCAACCCAUAUUAUGGUCUGUUCGAAUAUUCCGCCAAUGACACCUACACUGUCCAGAUCAGCCCCAUGUCAGCCUUUGUAGACAAUCACCAUGAAUGGUUCCGCUUCAGUGGCCGCAUUCUGGGUCUGGCUCUGAUCCAUCAAUAUCUGCUGGAUGCCUUCUUCACCAGACCCUUCUAUAAAGGCCUUCUGCGCAUUCCCUGUGACCUGAGUGACCUGGAGUACCUGGACGAGGAGUUCCACCAGUCUCUCCAGUGGAUGAAGGACAAUGAUAUAGAAGACAUGCUUGACCUCACCUUUACUGUCAAUGAGGAAGUGUUUGGACAGAUCACAGAACGGGAGCUGAAGCCUGGCGGAGGGAACAUCCCAGUGUCGGAGAAGAACAAGAAGGAGUACAUCGAGCGGAUGGUGAAGUGGAGGAUAGAGCGCGGAGUGGUCCAGCAGACUGAAAGCCUGGUCAGGGGCUUUUAUGAGGUGGUGGAUGCCAGGUUGGUGUCUGUGUUUGAUGCCAGGGAGCUGGAGCUGGUCAUUGCUGGCACUGCUGAAAUUGACUUAUCAGACUGGAGGAACAACACAGAAUAUAGAGGAGGUUACCACGACAACCACAUUGUGAUCCGGUGGUUCUGGGCUGCAGUGGAGAGGUUCAACAAUGAGCAGAGGUUACGACUCCUGCAGUUUGUGACGGGAACAUCGAGCAUUCCAUAUGAAGGCUUCGCUUCACUGCGAGGCAGCAACGGACCCCGCAGGUUCUGUGUGGAGAAGUGGGGGAAGAUCACUUCACUGCCCAGAGCUCACACCUGUUUCAACCGUCUGGACCUGCCACCAUACCAGUCCUUCUCCAUGCUGUAUGAGAAGCUGCUGACCGCUGUGGAGGAGACCAGCACCUUUGGGCUGGAAUGAGACGCUGUCUUCGUCUGUCCACUUGGCCAGUUUUUAGCAGCACUUUUUAUCCUACUGUUGGUAAAGAGAUGAGGCCAUUUUAGAAGAAAAGACAAGUGUAGCAUGACUGCUCAUUGGUCGGCCUUCAGUGUCUCCAACACCGGUUUUUACUCUAAGGAUAACUGACAGCUUUUAUUGGUAAAAACUCAAUGAACCAGUUUUAAAGCAUGCAUUUAAAAAGCACCAAUUCUUGACUGGUAGUGUUUAAUGAUUGGUUCGUAGGUAAGGCCUCAGCCAGUAAGAGAAAGAAAGACUGAUUAGCAAAGAUUGUGUGCUUAGCCUCAGAAUCACAAUUUCAAAUUGGAACUGACCUUUUGAAAUGACCCCACUGUAGAGGUUAAUGCUUUCUGUUGCACCUUCGCUUAUUUCACACACUUUCACCUGUAAGACAAGACAAAUGAAGCCCUACACUGCCUUCUGGAUUGACCUCUGACCUGCCAAGACCUGACCAUACACAGACCUAUUUUUACACAACUGUUUUUCUUACAAAAGCUAAGCUAACUGAUCUUGCUUUUUUUUAAGUUUGGAUGGAUCUUCAAAAAACCAGAACACCCAUCUUAAGCAGCUCCAAUCACAGUACCCUCUUGUGGUCCAGUUGAGAAACUGAACAUGUAGAUAAUGCGGUUAUUCUCUUUUCUCUUUAAUUUCAAGUAACAUUCGUGGGGGUUUUUCAAUGGACUUUGAAGCUAAGAGCUGAUUUUGGAGUCUAGUUAGGAGCUUUUGUAUUAAAUUCCAGUAUUUUCAUUGACAACAGGUGAUUUUUUUAAUGGUGGAAUGGAGGCUUUUUGUGAUCUGAAUGUAACUAACCUUAAUAUGUAGAUUAUAUGGAGGGAUUUUUCUGUCAGAUCUGCAUCGAAAUAAUUUAAAAAAUCAAAGUAAAACCUACUUUCACUUCUUAGGUUUAAAACUGCCCCCAUGCAUCAUCCAAUGCAUUCUAACACAUACCAUAAUGAUCUGUGAUUCGAUCUUUAACAAAACAAAGCCAGAAUGCUGAAGCUGCUGGAAAAAACCUUUAAUCCUUGCACAGGAAUAACGAGGAGAAGCUACAGUCAGAUACAGCUAUUUAUGUAUAAGGUGGGAGUGUGUUCAUACACCAGCAGUCAGGGGAGUCACUGCUGCUGUCUGGCAAUCUGAUGAUCACAAGGCUAUUUCCAAACUACACUGUUACUCAUAAAGGUGAAAUUAUUUUGUUUUCAAACAGUUUUCACUCGAUCAAAAACAUAUUUCUUUAAUUUUUAAAUUCACAGUCAACCAUUUCAUGAGAAGGAUUAAAAACAUUAUUUCCAGCUUUAAGAGCAACCGUAUAUUUGAAAUCCAUCGUUCUGCAGAGAGAAAGAUUUUCCACAAUUGAAAAACCUUCAAGAAAUAUGGCUACUUUCGCAGAACUACAGCAAAAUAAAAAUAAAAAAUCAUUUUACAGACGUUUUAGAGAUCAUGACAGGAGAAGAAGAAGAGUGAGGCUGAAGAAGAAAUCCCCUCCAAAAGGAAAGAUCGUCAAGACUUAGGUUUCCAAAGUCACAACUGAAUGAAGCGCAUAUGAGACCAAAGUAAAGAGAUUUGGGAAACCAGACACAGCAUAUCAGCACAUACAUUACAUCCCACCUGUCAAGCACGGUGGUGGAGGGCUGAUGAUCUGGGCUUGUUUUCAGCCACAAAGACUUAGCCGUAACUGAGUUGAUCAUAAUUCUCCUCACAUGUUAGGCUGGGUUCAUCUUGAAGACAGUAAUGCUGUAAAGCAAAGUGGGCCAGAAUCACUCCAGAUCCAUAUGAGAGACCGAGGGACUUGAACAUAUUGCAGCUAAAGGUGGCUCUACAACCUGUUGGCAUUUUCACUUUGUUGUUUAAAAAUGAUGGACAUAAGUUAAAGAUCACAUCUUAUUCAUCUGAGGCUGUAUUGAUGCAUUUUUACAUUACACUAUUAAAUCUUAAUUACUUUUAAUGUUUACCAACCACUGGCAAACUUAAAAGCAGUUUUUUGUUGCACCAAGAAGUUCAAUAAAGGAGCAUGGAGGUCGGGAGUCCCCUGUUGAAAUCAAGUAAAAACCUGAAAAAUGGGCUUCAUUUUUCUAUUUUUCUCUCAGAGCUUUUGGUUGAGAUUCUGGCCCAGUUGCUCCUCCCCUUACGCCAAAACAAUGAAGGAGACAAGUUCAACAAACACUUAUUUAUUCAAUGUGUUUUCUGUAGAAUGUCUUGAAGUAACUGAGUCACAUUGACCCACAGCUGCUGUGUGUGUUUUGUACCAUGUUAAAUGUGGGGUGGGUAAAUGGGUCCCAGGUGGUCUGAUGGCUGUCACAAACUGGAAAAGACCCUGGUGACGGCUGGGGGUGGGGCUUCAGCUGCAGUGUGGGGUGCAAAAUUAUUCAAACCUGUUGAACCUUUCUAACAUUGCAUCCACAAACUUUAAUGUAUGGUGAAGCGACAGAACUAAGCGAAGUAGUUGUGAAAUGGAAGGAAAAUGAUGCAUGAUUUUCCAAAUAAUGUGACAUAUGUAUUCAGCUACCUUUAUUCUGAUGCCCCUGAAUAAAAUGCAGUGCAAACAGUU